GUGUUGGUGUGUUUGGUUCCUUGAUCUCUCGUUUUACCACGGCUGUUUGGAUGCCACGCACGGAAUAACGACAUAACAGCGAUCUUUUAUGUGGAGGAAAACGUACUUAGGGUGAUUUAAUCACGACGAUGUUCUAGGUUGUGAAGCAACUGUUUGUAAUCGGUGUUUCACUUCAGAACGAUAAGAUUUCCACGACGGAUAUCAGUAUGAACCGUUCCAAUCCUAACCAGCUCAGUUGUUAUCUUGGUCGCCUAACUCGGGACAGAACUACGAAAUAUUUGCUAGGAAAGAAACCUGGUACAUAUCUGAUACGCGACAGCUCGUCAAUUCCUGGAGAUUUUGUUCUUGCUGUGAGCGAAAGUGGGAAAGUGAGUCAUUACAUCAUCAACAGUAUAGGCACUGGUUAUAAAAUAGGAGAGAACACCUUUCCCGACCUACAUAGUAUUAUAGAAUUUUACAAGAAUCAUUUUCUGGAUUCUACAAACUUAACAGAACCGCUGUUUAGAGUACAAGCUCAGUAUCCAUUUACAGGAAAGGAUGCGGAGGACCUCAGUUUCAAAAAAGGCGAUAUUUUAGUUGUUGUGGAACAAAACGAGGAGAAGUGGUGGACUGCUAUGGAUGAACAAGGCAACAAAGGCCUUAUUCCAGAACCAUAUGUUAAAAAGCUUGUCGAUCUUCAGCCACAACAGCAGCCAGUGUCUCCUGCACAGUCGACUGUUCUUUCCAACCUGGGAAAUGACCAAAGAAGAUCAAUGCCUCCGCCGACAACUACAACACCAGACAAUAGUAACAGAAGAACGUCCGUACCUCCCAAUAUGAGACCGCACCCAUCGCCCGCUUUCAUGGGAGGAUCCAUGUUAGUGCGUGCCACACGAAAACAUCUGAUGCCAUACGAUGACUCAACACUCGCUUUUGAGAAAGGAGAUAUCAUCACGGUUCUCAAGAAACAGGAUAAUGGAAAGUGGUUUGGUCAGCUUGGUGACAGAACAGGAUACUUCCAGUUUAACUAUGUGGAGAGUAUACCACAAAGUGAAAAUCCAGAUUGAAAAGAAUUGGUGCCACAACUAAAUGUAACUACUGUUGAAAAUUAGGAUUAGAUGUAACUAGGACUUUACUGUCAAUCAACUGUCAAUUAUCUGGGAAUGUCAAAUGUAAUAGGCCCUGUUCAGGCAGUGUGAGCCUAAUUGGUAAUCUUAGGGUGAUUUUCAUUUAUCAGGUCUGGCUGUUGUAAUGAAUGUUUCACAAGAUAACAUUGCUGAUCUCUGAACCUCAAAAAUGUGGCUGUAGUGGUUAGAGACCAUCUUGGCUCCAUAUUAGCGUGGGGAGCAGAGAGAUGCCCAGUGAGAAAUUAUAUAUUCUAGGUUCCAUGAGGUGCUCUUUUCUGUGUUGUGAAAACUUUGUAACCAAACAUCUGGGUUUAGAAUGACAGAUUUCAAAUUUUCUAACAUCAAAACCUUCUCCCCUCUUCUGCAAAGAAAAACAAAAAAUAAGUAUAUUUGUCUCUAGGGAAGAACAUUUGAUUGAAGGUGUAAGCUCAGCUGCCAGCUUUGGAACAGAACUAAAAUUCAAUACAGAAUUCUUCAUUUCACUUGUCAUUACAACAAUCAUCUUUUGAACUAUCAAGACCUGACAAAUGAUAAGCACUCUUUGACCACUUUCCAAGAAAUUGUUGGUGUCACAUACAAAAGUUGUGGACUAUUUGUGAUUGUUGAGAAAUUUAAGUGCUGUAAUGUAAAAAGCAACCAAGAUAUGGCACAUUCAAGCACUUUGAUAAUAAAGACAGCUUAUUCUAGCAGACCGGAAAGUUUUAGUUAGAAUAUUGAUUGUGAGAAAUCCAUCUGUUGUCGUGUAAAAAGGCCCAAGUAACUAUUUUAUAGAGGUACUCCUUAAUAAUAAUGUACUCUUAAAACUUGUGAAGCCACUUAAGUUGACCUGAUUAUAAAGCUGAUCUCUUCUUAAAUUGUUGUCAGAGUAGCCAUUUAACUCUUACAGUCAUUGCUUUCUUAUCUGUACCUUAAAGCCAAAAAGCAAUCAAGUAUAAACAUGGUCUUCCUGAAGGAGAUUAAGGGUUCAUUUGCCAAAUGCUUUGCUAACUGUUUUCUUGAUCGUUUGGACAUCUUUUUUUUUCUUUCUGUGUUCGUCGUGGGCAACAUAUAAGGCUAACUGUUGAUACAAAAAUAAUGAAAUAUUAUCACAAGUAAAACACAUUCAGAGAAGUUUAGUGCUCUUUAUAAUGUCCCUUUGUGAUGUGAAUUACAAAUGGAAUUUGAUGCUGACAUUUUCAUAGUGUACAUAGCUUGACAUUAAGUUUUGACACCACUUUGCACUGGAAAAUUUGCUUUCAAGUGGAUGAGUGUGAGAGUCAAGCUGCUGUUAUGUCAAUCUGUCGAUGACGUGUUAAGAAAACAGUAAUGGAUGAAUGAAUGAAUGCAACUGAAUAUGCUGUUCUUGAAGUGCGUGUAACUGAUUACUGCUGGUCAAUGAUUACAACUAAAUAUGCAUUUCCCAGAUUCUUCUGUGUACAUGCUGGUAGAACUUGUGGAUUAUGAUGGCCUGGGAUGCACAUUUAUUGAUGCACCCUUAAUUUUAUACGGUCAGAGAGAUGUUACGUCAAGCAUCAAAAUUCUUGAGCAGUAGAAUUUCUGUAAAUCUAUUGCUUAGUGAUGUUGACAAUUUCUUGAUGUUGCUAUCAGUAGACUAAGUGAUGCUAGACAAACAAAAUGAUAUGUAGAACACAAUAAGCCACUUCCUGAUUACACUUCAGCUUCUUUCUUGAAGCGUGUCUUCAUGCCCAUCCUUUCAUAUGAAAAUGAGAUUUCAUUCACAUGCAAAUUAAACUUGUUUUCUAAUGAAUGGCUGUGCACCAGGCCUCGCUUUGAUAGAGAGGCUUAGAUCAACUUGGAAAUGGGCUUUUGCUAAGUCCUGGUUUACACAUACAAAGCAAGCACAAGCAGCAUAUGUGCAGAUGGAGAAACAUUUAGUUAAGGCAAUAAUAAACGACACAUCACCACAUCUGCUUAUAAUUCUUGCUCUUAUGCUUGGGUUGUUUGUGCAAAGCAGCCCUAACUAACAAUAAUAUUAUUUGUAUAUUAAUACCUGUCUCAAUUCUGCUUAUCUUUCUCCUCUAUGCCACCAUAAACCCUGUGAAAUUUCAGUAACUAGUAUUGCUUCAUUGUAUUCUUGUUCUUAAAGUAAUUCAAUUUGAUUCAUGCUUUAACCUGCAUCAUUGAGUUACAUUUAUGAUGCAUGUGGGAUGUUUGGAGUGCAUGGAAGAAGCUUAAGAGUUGUUGCUUGAGGCAACAGCAACAACAUCUAGCCUCUUGGGUACUCUCCAAACUUCCUAAGUGCAUCAUAACUUGAUCGUGCAUUGCUAAAUACAUGAAUCAAUUUUUUUAUGCCAUUGCCAAUAGAAAUAAAAUAAUUUCUCUCGUAAA